CGCGUGCUAAGUUCCAGGCGGGGAACUCAAAUGGUUUGAUUGAUUAAAAGUAAGUGUUAUGCUCACGGUACAUGAAUAAAAUUGUGCCUUUUUAAAUAAAUUACAGUACUGUUUAUGAACUUAAAAGUUUUAAAAAGUGCGAGUUCUCAUAAUUUCAUGAAAAUUAAAACAUUUUUCACGAAGCCAAAAACAUGAGUAUAACGCAGUAGAAAUUAGACAAAAACAGUUCACGCUUGAAUUGAUUUUUAAACCCUGCAUCCAACGGGUUAACAAGCUGCUGCCGAAGCUGCCAGGCAAGUGCAAUUUGCCGUUCAGUGUUUAUACUCAUGGCUGCAGUGCAGGAUGGUGGAGAUCAGGGCCACAGAGCAGUGGCCAGGACCGGUUCAGAUAUCGCCGCUCUUGUUUGCAGUGUAUUGAAACGAAAUUAUCGCCCCAUGGCUCGCAACGUGGUGCACUAAACCAGUGGAAAGCUGUUGCGCCCACCCCCCCUCCUAUUCAUUAGCCAUACCGGUCUUUUCUUCCUCUUCUAAAAGUGAGUGCAGCCGAUGUGAUGGACGUUCCGCGAUGCUCUCACAGAAAAGAAAAACAGCCCAGAACAAGACCAUGGAGCGCAGCGUGCUACAUCUUCUGCAUUCCGUCUUCAUUUUCUGCUUAACACUGAGUGAUGCUCAGAUUCCGGGAGGCCAAGAAAACAACUCCAGCAGGCCACAAGAGAUCCACUGUGUGACCCGUAAUUCAAAGACAACCUCUCCUUCAGCCGAACAGAUUGUGGUGACUCUGUGCGAGAGAGGAAAUAAGAGCGGCACUCCCAGCGGUGCCCCCUCCCGGGAGAAUUUGCUCUCAAACCUGACACGUCCACGACUACCCCACACGCAGCAAGCUCCCACGUCACUACCUCCUAUGGGCACAGAAAACCCAGCCACCGCACACAUUCCUGGCACCUUUGAAUUUGAAACAGCUCAAUCAGGUACAGAGCAACAAAACACGGACAGGCCAAGCCUGAAUUCUCAACCAACACCAACUCACACACGAAACCCAAACGCCACUCAACCGCACACACACCUACCCGGUGAACAUACGCCAGAAUCCCCGACAGCGCACACACUCCAGCCGGGCACGGACACAACCACCGCACGCGCACCCGCAACAUUCACACCAGAACCCACAGCACGCAGGAAAAACGUACAUAAUGGGCACACAACGCAACCCUACACAUCCCACGGUAAUGCACAAGGAAGGACACGUCAGCCACCCACGUCUCAACCUUACGAUGUCCAUUACCUCUCAAGCCCAGCACCCAUCAUCCUCACUACUCUGUCUGCUGACAGCGACACCACAACUGCGGAUAAAUCGAUAACUUCGGAUAACACGACCCCACCACUUAGUCUCUUUACUUCUAAAGAAUACCCAACAAACUCCCCCGAGGACGCGUCCACGGCGCAUCCUGCCAUUUUUCAAACACCGACACCGAAACAUGCCACUGCGUCCCAGGCGCGCCCGCCGCAAGCCAUCGACCCUCAUCUUCUGUUCGGGCCUCCCAGUUUCUCCUACGAGACCUUCGAUUUGGAAAUGGAAGAAAACGUCGCCGGUGUGGGCAACGAGUCGGGCGUCGCCCAGUACCGGCAGGCAGAGCCGUGCGACGUGGAUCCCUGCCACCACCCUCAGCCGCCCUGCCGUACACCGGGGCGGCGUGGCGGCUGUCCAUGCGACGCGUCGCCGGCGGGUCCGUCGGCCCCUCGGCUGCUCGCCGUCGUGCCCGUGGGCGAGUCGGACGUGGCGGUGCGGUGGUGCUCCCCUCGCUCCGGCGUGCGGGCGUUCGCGGUCGCCUACCGUGCCAUGGACGGCGAGCCGGCGCGCAACGCCGGCUCGCCGCUGCUCGUGCACGCCACCUGGCGCAACCACGUGCUGCGGGGCCUGCGUCCGAACGGGCGCUACCAGGUGUGCGUGGCGGCCAUCGGCGGGCCGGGCCGCGGCCGCUGCUGGGAGACCGAGCGGUCGUUUGGUGACGCGGACGCCGCCGCCGCCGCCGCCGCCGCCGCCGCCGCCACCACGGCCGAGUUCACCGCGCCUGCCGGUGGCCCGUGGCGACUCAACGCGGCGAUCGUGGCGGUCGUGUUUCUGGUCGAGCUGGGAUGCAUCACCGUGCUCUCGCUGUGCCUUCAUCGUGAUCGAAAGGCACGCGGCAGAAGGGAGCCGCCGCCGCCUCCGCCAGCCAUGCUCAUCUCUUACAGCAGCACGGAGUUCCUGAGCGUCAGAAACCAAGCUUUCCUGGAAAUCAAAGAUGAGCUCGCUUGCCCUCCUUCACUUAGCUUUCCCUAUAGGCAGUAG